CUUUGGAUUAACUUCAAAUUGUUCACUUGACAUACAGCUUUAUCGAUACACAGCUUAAUUAGACAAGGACUUUGGACAGCUACCACGACACCAGACCAUUUAAAACAGUCUGGCGGUUAGUUAACACACCACUUGACUUGGUUGACUCAUCGCCACAUUUUGGGAGGUUUUGGUAACAUACAGUAGACAGAACCAGGAGAAAACUUGUGAACUGAAUCGUGGAAUUGUGACCAAAACCAUGGUGUCCCGCCAGCCCAGUUGCACUGGAUCUGACUCUGGAUCCGAGUCCGAGAGUCUGGAUUCGAAGUCUGGAUCUCCAGAGAAGCAUGAUGGUACCACACGGCGGAGGAUGGCAGCCAACGCCCGUGAGAGGAAGAGGAUGCAGGGGCUGAACACAGCCUUUGACCGUCUCCGUAAAGUGGUCCCCCAGUGGGGCCAGGAUAAGCAACUGUCCAAGUACGAGACUCUGCAGAUGGCCCUCAGCUACAUCAUGGCCCUCAGCCGGAUCCUGACGGACGCCCAGAAGCGCAAAGCCCCCCACAGACAGUGGCUGGACCUGCAGUUUGACUCUGUGCAGCCAGAGAACUAUCAGUGCUUCAGUACUAUCAGGUACAGCUCUCCAGUUGAACAGGAGUACAUGCAUUCGUCCUUUCCCUACCAGUACGACGGCCUCCAAGUUCCUACAUAGACUAGAUGGAAAACUGAAAAACUAGUCAUGUUGUUUGAGGUGAACGACCAUCUGUACUUGUUUUUAUGAUGCAGGCGUUUUCUCCAACCCAGGAGUCAAUAAAUAUAUUUGUAUUGCUUUUAUUUAUAAUUUAAAAAAUAUAUAUUUAUUGACAUUUGUUUAUAUUUGAAUGAUUAUUAAGUUUAGACAUACGUUUAAUCUAAAAUUCUUUUUAAAAAAAAGCAAUUGACAGCUUGUAUUGCAUUUCAGUGUACUGUACUGCAAUUGAUUUAGCAAAGAGUUGGUUCCUCUGUACUCUUCCCUGGUAAACACAGACAUCUUGGCUUUCUCUAUUUUCUCUUUCUCUCUGUAUUGUUGGUAAGUAAACAUUUCACUGUUAGUCUACACCUGUUUUUAAUGAAGCAUGUGACAAAUAAAAUUUGAUUUGAUUUGUAUCAAAUCUUCCAGAUGAGACCCUGACAUAAUUGGUGUAAUUUAUAGUGAAUGUGAAUCAUAGGAUUACAAGUGGAGUUAUUUGCCCCAAUUGUUAUUGUGUAAAAAAACAGUGACAUUUUACAACUUUGGUAAGAUACAUUUUGAAUCUAUUUUUGUAAAUGUUAACAUAAUGUUCUCUAGCCACAAAAUGUAGGCAUUUUGGAAAUUCUACAUGUUUUUUUGUGCUCUUCAGUUUUUCUAAACUGUGUUUAAAACUGUUUGUUUAAUAAUAGUUUUU